CCUUUAUCCUUUUUGGCACCACCGGGCAGCUGUACUCAGCCAACCGCUGGUAGCAGACCGACAACAGCCGACAGCACCUCCGCGAACAGUUAGUUUUCCUUCUAGCAAUGGCAUCGUCUGCUAUGAUCACCGUCCCCACCACCGCCUCCCGCUUCGCCCUGCUCCAGAUAGACUCGGACUCGGACUCGGACGCCUCCGAUGCAGGGAAGACCACCGCCAAGUCCGGACGGGACUCCUCCGGGAAGCCCCGGCAGGGAAAGGCAGGAGCAGCCGGGGGGAAAGCGGGUCAGUGUAACGACAAGAAGAAAGACAAGAAAAAGAAGAAGAGGGAACAGCAGCAGAGUGAGGCAAAUGAGUUACGUAAUCUGGCCUUCAAGAAGAUUCCUCAGAAGUCGUGUCUCCCGCCUCCCUGUAUGACACUGUCAGGAAUAGCCAGUGAACUUCUCAGUCCUGCACCAGGGGACCACAGUAUACCUUCAGAGGGGUGGCAGCAGUGGAAGCAGAGGGACGAGCAGAUAACCACUGAGCUUUAUGAGGCCGACUUGGAAAAGGCUUUGAUUCUAAGUAAACUGGAGUUUGAACAAAAUAAACAGCAGAACAACACAAAUUCUUCCUCACCAAAGUCACGAGGAGGAAAAGAGGGCGGAGGGAAGAAGGACAAAAAGAAGAAUCAGCAAGCAAAGGACAAAAAGACAGUUUCACUGCAGGACUUCCAGGCUGAGGGCAGCGCAGAACAUUUGAGUAAGAAACAAGAGAAAGAGGACACCAGAGUGGCCAACCUCGCAUUGGGAAUCGGGCAGGAGGAGCGUUUUUUCAACAAGCUCGAGGAUGAUGUCACUCGGAUUAUCCAGCAGGAGAAGAGACGUGAGCAGUACGCCAACAGCCAGGGACAAGAAGUCAACACGUCCACAGAACAUGAACCAGAUCCCCGAGCAGAGCAGCUGAAGUACGACCUGGAGAAGAAAGACCAGGAAAUCGAUAAGCUAAAGAAAAACAUCUUACAGUGGGAGGGAAAAUACAGAGAGGUGAAAACAAGAAAUUCUCAGCUGCUUAAGAUGCUCCAACAGGGAGAGAUGAAAGAUAAAGCAGAACUGCUUCUACAGGUAGAAGAGCUACUACAUAUAAAAGAAGAACUGUCAUUACAGGUAGCAUCGUUACACGCUGCACUUGAACAAGAAAAGUCUAAAGUCAAAGGUUUGCAGUCGGAACAACCGAAACAUCAGGGAAACAAGAAAGGGAGGAAAGGCUCGGAGAUGGAUCUAUGAAGGUGUCAAAUGGAAAAGAUCCUAAAAGCAAAACAAAACAAAUGAAUGAACAAAUGAAGAAAAACACAACUGAUCAUAAUCAGGGUUCUCGUUCCAUAAUUCUCUUUCUUUUUUUUCUAGCUCGGACUCCAUGUCAGCAUAUAAUGCAUGCCCCCCUUACACACACACACACACACACACACACAUACACAGCAUACACUCCAGUGGAAGCAGGAUGUUACACAUGAACAAGAAUUACAGAAGCUUUUAAAUCUGACUAAAUUUAAACUUUGUGUUGGUGGUUUGGCACACAGUGCUGCCCUCUGCAGGCACAAGCAGCAUCUAUAGUACUGUUAAAGGCUGUCUGCCUGUUCUUUGUGUGGGUUUAAUGCCAAAAUGACAGACGUGAAAUGUAUGUUUUGGUUUUUUUUUCUUUCUCACUGUUAAGUAAAUA